ACAACUAUAGUAUUUGCAAUACUUCAGUUUUGAAAACAGAGAUUUUAGUCAGCUUGUCAAACACCAUUCUGUAUAUAAUACUGCAGUAUUUGAGAAUACUGCAGUAUUUUUCCAAAACUGUGAAAAAACUUCACUCCCAAACACCCCCUAAAUCCGAAUGACCAAAUCGAACUAGUCCUCAAUAUCUCUCAGGUGCUCGCCACGAACAAACGUGACGCAUCUCGAGCUCCGAGCCUCCGAUGGACUCUUCCUCUCCAUCCCCAUCGUCAGCGCCCAGUGGAUCCCGUGCCGCCUCCAAUGCCACCCAGCGGUGGAGCAUCCUUCGCCGCGCGCUGCUUGCUCGUUCCUCCUCCGCGCGCGCCCUAGGGGGAAUUUCUAGUGACCACCAGAUUAAAGAUGGUACCAAUAACAUUUCAAGAAAGGCUUCACGUGGUUUUAACCUGAUCGAAUGCCACUCCUUGCCAAUUUCACAGCUACUGAAAUCACUUGGGAAUUCAUUAAACGAAAAUGAUUUUGAAUGCCAGAAGGAUGUUUAUGUAUGUUAUAAGCUGCCUUGUAGAGGUUCCUCUAAACUUGAUCUGGUAUGUAGAAAAGAGGAUUCCCUUGAACUAAAUGACAUUGAGGCUUCGAACAAAUACAAUAUCGACACUACUGGACUAGUAUGUUGUUGGCCAUCGGAAGAGGUUCUUGCCUACUACUGUAUUAACCACUCGGAUGUGUUCAGGUCCAAGAAAGUGCUUGAACUUGGAUCUGGUUAUGGAUUGGCUGGACUUGUUAUUGCAGCCAGUACAAAUGCUGACGAGGUUGUUAUUUCUGAUGGCAACCCACAAGUAGCUGAGUACAUUCAGAAGAACAUAUCCAUCAAUGCAGAGACUUUUGGUGAGACCAAGGUUAAAUCUUUGAUACUGCAUUGGGACAAAGAGCAAGCUUCAGAAAUGUUGAAUACUUUUGACAUCAUUGUUGCAAGUGACUGCACAUUUUUCAAGCAAUUCCAUAAGGGCCUUGCCCGAACAGUCAAAUCCUUGCUGAAGCAUUCGGCAACCUCACAGGCCAUCUUCCUGAGCCCCAAAAGAGGUUGAAAGCAAUGUUAUUUGUUGCCGCUUUCUACGACUUCGCAUCUGCUAGGCUGACGUCUUGACCAACAAUGAUUGAUAAGCUGACGUCUUGACUAACGACGAUGAUUGAAGACUCGUGUUAUCUCAUUCUAUAGUGUUUGCUGCAUCACGGCACCCACACAUCGGUUUAUUGGCCGAUGUUACUGCUGUAUGUGUGGCUAAUUAAUCUCUUCACAAGUUGCUAUCAAACGGCUGUUUGGGUAUCUUCAUGAUUGCUGACCGGAUGAAAGCACUUCAUUUGGCGA